GCCCUCUUCUAAAGGGACGUUAUUGGAUGACUGAUCUUUGACUUAAACUGCAGGGCGAAUUCCACUUUAUCUUUCUCAAAAUUCGCAAGGUUUUAAAAAAAAAAAUUAUAAGAGUGCUAUCGCCGUAGGGCCAUGGAAAACACUGUUUCGCCUUUUUUCACUUAGUAGAAAACGUUCCCUGCAUCGUGGAUUCCGCCAGGAGUUCGCGCAUGCGCAUAAGGUAUCAGAAGAUGGCGAUAAUCGCCGCAUUUUUUUCAAAUUAGUGGUUCCCAGAAAGCAUUGCGCGCAUUUGUAACGAAUUUCCGUUCGAGUUUGUAUUUUAGGCGCCAUUUUCGAGUGAAGGACCCGGAGCCGAAACACCGGUAGCAGCCGGUGGGGGGGCUAUACAACCGUUUCCAGCCUCGGUCUGAGAAGACUAUCCCGCAGCGACAAUGCCCCGUAAAGGCACCCAACCCUCCACUGCCCGUCGCAGAGAGGAAGGGCCGCCGCGGUCCCCGGACGGCACCAGCAGCGACGCGGAGCCGGAUCCGCCGCCCGGCCGCGCGAGGAGCCAGGCGCUGGCCACCGCAGAAACUCCAAGUGAGGAAAUUGAUAAUAGAAGUUUAGAAGAGAUUUUGAAUAGCAUCCCUCCUCCCCCACCUCCUGCAAUGACCAAUGAACCUGGAGCUCCUCGUCUUAUGAUAACUCAUAUUGUAAACCAGAACUUCAAAUCUUAUGCUGGGGAAAAAAUUCUGGGACCUUUCCAUAAGCGAUUUUCCUGUAUUAUUGGGCCAAAUGGCAGUGGCAAAUCCAAUGUUAUUGAUUCUAUGCUUUUUGUAUUUGGCUAUCGAGCCCAAAAAAUAAGAUCUAAAAAACUCUCAGUUCUAAUACACAAUUCUGAUGAACAUAAGGAUAUUCAGAGUUGCACUGUAGCUGUUCAUUUUCAAAAGAUAAUUGAUAAGGAAGGGGAUGAUUAUGAAGUCAUUCCUAACAGUAACUUCUAUGUAUCCAGAACGGCCUACAGAGAUAAUACUUCUGUUUAUCACGUAAGUGGGAAGAAGACUACAUUUAAGGAUGUUGGAAUUCUUCUUCGAAGCCAUGGAAUUGACUUGGACCAUAAUAGAUUUUUAAUCUUACAGGGUGAAGUUGAACAAAUUGCUAUGAUGAAACCAAAAGGCCAGACUGAACACGAUGAGGGUAUGCUUGAAUAUUUAGAAGAUAUAAUUGGUUCUGGACGACUAAAUGAACCUAUUAAAAUCUUGUGUCGGAGAGUUGAAAUAUUAAAUGAACACAGAGGAGAAAAGUUAAACAGAGUUAAGAUGGUAGAAAAGGAAAAGGAUGCCUUAGAAGGAGAAAAAAACAUAGCCAUUGAAUUUCUUACCUUGGAAAAUGAAAUAUUUAGAAAAAAGAAUCAUGUCUGUCAAUAUUACAUUUAUGAUCUGCAGAAACGAAUUGCUGAAAUGGAGACUCAAAAGGAAAAAAUUAAUGAAGAUACCAAAGAAAUUAAUGAGAAGAGCAAUAUACUAUCAAAUGAAAUGAAAGCUAAGAAUAAAGCUGUAAAAGAUAUAGAGAAGAAGCUGAAUAAAAUCACAAAAUUUAUUGAGGAGAACAAAGAAAAAUUUACAAAACUAGAUUUGGAAGAUGUUCAAGUUAGGGAAAAAUUGAAACAUGCUACCAGUAAAGGCAAAAAACUAGAGAAACAACUUCAAAAAGAUAAAGAAAAGGUUGAAGAAUUUAAAAGUAUACCUGCCAAGAGUGAGAAUAUCAUAAGGGAGACAACAACUAGAAACAAUGCCCUUGAGAAAGAAAAAGAAAAAGAAGAAGAAAAAUUAAAGGAAGUUAUGGAUAGCCUUAAACAGGAAACACAAGGCCUUCAAAAAGAAAAAGAAAGUCGAGAGAAAGAACUUAUGGACUUCAGCAAAUCAGUAAAUGAAGCACGUUCAAAGAUGGAUGUAGCUCAAUCAGAACUUGAUAUCUAUCUCAGUCGUCAUAAUACUGCAGUAUCUCAAUUAAGUAAAGCCAAAGAAGCUCUAAUGGCAGCUUCUGAGACUCUCAAAGAAAGGAAAGCUGCUAUUGGAGAUAUAGAGGCAAAACUCCCUCAAACUGAACGUGAGCUAAAGGAGAAAGAAAAAGAACUUCAAAAACUUACACAAGAAGAAAUAAAUUUCAAAAGUUUGGUUCGUGAUCUUUUCCAAAAAGUUGAAGAAGCAAAGAGUUCCUUAGCAAUGAAUCGAAGUAGAGGGAAAGUCCUUGAUGCAAUAAUUCAAGAAAAAAAAUCUGGCAGAAUUCCAGGAAUAUAUGGACGGCUGGGGGACUUAGGAACAAUUGAUGAAAAAUACGAUGUUGCUAUUUCAUCUUGUUGUCAUGCAUUAGACUACAUUGUUGUUGAUUCUAUUGAUACAGCCCAAGAAUGUGUAAACUUCCUUAAAAGACAAAAUAUUGGAGUUGCAACCUUCAUAGGUUUGGAUAAGAUGGCAGUGUGGGCAAAGAAAAUGACCAAAAUUCAAACUCCUGAGAAUACUCCUCGGUUAUUUGAUUUAGUAAAAGUAAAAGAUGGGGCAAUUCGCCAAGCUUUUUACUUUGCCUUACGGGAUACCUUAGUAGCUGACAGCUUAGAUCAAGCCACACGAGUAGCUUAUCAAAAAGAUAGAAGAUGGAGAGUGGUAACAUUACAAGGGCAAAUCAUAGAACAGUCAGGUACAAUGACUGGCGGUGGAAGCAAAGUAAUGAAAGGAAGGAUGGGUUCAUCAGUUGUUGUUGAAAUCUCAGAAGAAGAGGUAAAUAAAAUGGAAUCACAGUUGCAGAGAGACUCUCAAAAAGCAGUGCAAAUUCAGGAACAGAAAGUACAACUGGAAGAAGCAAUACUUAGGUUAAGGCAUAGUGAACGAGAAAUGAGGAAUACAUUGGAAAAGUUUUCUGCAAGCAUCCAGCGUUUAUCAGAGCAAGAAGAAUAUUUGAAUGUCCAAGUUAAGGAACUUGAAGCUAAUGUACUUGCUACAGUCCCUGACAAAAAACAGCAGAAAUUGCUUGAAGAAAAUGUUAAUGCUUUCAAGACAGAGUAUAACAAUGUGGCUGAGAGAGCUGGUAAAGUGGAAGCUGAGGUUAAAAGGUUACACAAUAUCAUCGUAGAAAUCAAUAACCAUAAACUCAAGGCUCAACAAGACAAACUUGAUAAAAUAAAUAAGCAAUUAGAUGAAUGUGCUUCUGCUAUUACUAAGGCACAAGUGGCAAUCAAGACUGCUGACAGAAAUCUUAAAAAAGCACAAGACAGUGUCUUACGUACAGAGAAAGAAAUAAAAGAUACUGAGAAAGAAGUAGAUGACUUAACAACAGAGCUAAAAAGUCUUGAAGACAAAGCAGCAGAGGUUGUAAAGAAUACAAAUGACGCAGAGGCAUCCUUACCAGAAAUUCAGAAAGAACAUCGAAACCUACUUCAAGAACUAAAAGUAAUUCAGGAAAAUGAACAUGCUCUCCAAAAAGAUGCACUUAGUAUUAAGUUGAAACUUGAACAAAUAGAUGGUCACAUUGGUGAACAUAAUUCUAAAAUAAAAUAUUGGCAAAAAGAGAUUUCAAAAAUAUCACUGCAUCCCAUAGAAGAUAAUCACGUUGAAAAGGUUCCAGUUCUAAGCCCAGAAGAGCUUGAAGCAAUCAAGAACCCAGAUUCUAUAACCAAUCAAAUUGCAGUUUUGGAAGCCCAGUGUCAUGAAAUGAAACCCAAUCUUGGCGCCAUUGCAGAUUAUAAAAAGAAGGAAGAAUUAUAUUUACAACGGGUAGCAGAAUUGGAUAAAAUUACUAAUGAAAGAGAUAAUUUUAGACAGGCAUAUGAAGAUCUUCGAAAACAAAGACUUAAUGAAUUCAUGGCAGGUUUUUAUAUAAUAACAAAUAAAUUAAAGGAAAAUUACCAAAUGCUUACUUUGGGAGGCGAUGCUGAGCUGGACCUUGUAGACAGCAUGGAUCCUUUCUCUGAAGGAAUCACGUUCAGUGUUCGACCACCUAAGAAAAGUUGGAAGAAGAUCUUCAACCUUUCAGGAGGAGAGAAAACACUUAGUUCAUUGGCUUUAGUGUUUGCUCUUCAUCACUAUAAACCCACUCCCCUCUACUUCAUGGAUGAGAUUGACGCAGCCCUUGAUUUCAAAAAUGUUUCUAUUGUUGCAUUUUACAUAUAUGAACAAACAAAAAAUGCCCAGUUCAUAAUAAUUUCUCUUCGAAAUAAUAUGUUUGAGAUUUCAGAUAGACUUAUUGGAAUUUACAAGACAUACAAUAUAACAAAAAGCGUUGCAGUAAACCCAAAAGAAAUUGCAUCUAAAGGACUUUGCUAAAUUUGCUUAAUCUGAAGAUUUUUCAAAAUCUUACCAUAGAUUCAACAUAUUGUAUUUACUUUCUAUUUGUAAAGGAUAUAAAUUAUAUAAAAUACCUAUUAAAUUGUAUCAUAGUUUCUAUUUUAUGCUCUUAAUUAAGAGAUGUUACAAGUUUAAUAAAAUAUUCUCCAUAUGCCUGUUUCUAGGAGAUUGUAAGAAUCUGACAAUUUUGUACUAUGGAGAAAAUAAGAUGCCUGGACAGUCAGAUAACUUCCCCUUAGUUCCACAGUGCUACCUGCAGAGUUAAAAGUACAUUCUUGAUGAAUAGUACAGUUGUAAACUAAAUCUUGUUAAACCAGUCAUUCUGAAUUGUAAGAAUGAGAAUUUGAGUAUUAUACAUUCUUAAACUAAUGUGCCUGACUGUUUAAACACUUGUGAAAGGGCCAGCAAAUGUCUGAAAUAACUUGAGUGGGUUGAAAAGGAAAAAUACCCACUAUAGUUGCUUCAGAAAAAGAAUGAUUUAAGUGUAUAAGGGUUAAUUUCUUUUGUAUAAAUGGAAAUUAGGUUGCAGUACUGUUUGUCCAUCAAGUUGUCAGAAGGCUUUCUUGUUAUUGUUACACUGCAUUAGCUCAAGAAUAUACUACUGGAAAUAUGAUGGCAACCACUUCAUUUUCAGAAAAAAAUCCUGGUAUUGAAUCAGAAGUCUGGUCUAAGCUAUUCAGUUUCUAGAUAGCCUGAGAAUUAAAAUUUAAAAUAACCUUGUAAAAAUAACCUUGUUAUUCAUAGUGCAUUAUUGUUUAGGUACUGAAACCCAACAAAGACAGUCUGUAUCAUAAUCAGUAAGAUGUAAAUACAUUAGCAUGGACUUAAAUAAAGUAAGAUCUAAAAUUCAA